CGUCAACAGUGACAUAAAUUGAAAGUGCACCCUUUCAUCUCGAUUCGGGACAUUUUCAACAAGUCCCAGUGGGCUCCCGAAGGAUUUCGGGGAAAAAUCGUCCUAAAUCACAGUUAAAUUCGCCGCAAAACCUCGCGCUUUCGUCUUACACUGAGCAUCGCAUGCGCAAUCUAUUCAUAGCUCGCUGUGGUGAUCAAAUUUCUUGAAAAUAUUCGGCCAGUCUGGUUUUGUCCGAGUCGAAGUGUAGUCGAGCGUUUUCCGAUAGUGUUGUGCCCUUAACUGUCAAGUUUCGAACAAUUCCAGCUUAAAGGUAAUUUCACGUGUUGGGUAAGUCCCGAGAGAUUCAAUCCGGAACAGGCCCAAGAGCGUUUCAAAAUGGCUGACACAGUGAAGAAGUCUCGAAUAGUAAGUGACGACGAAAAAGAUCUAGAAGAGACUCUGCUUGAGGAGUUUAACAUCAGAUUAAAAAACUGCAUGAGCCAAGAUAAUCUGCAAAAGGAGGCAGAGCCCCCCGAACCGGACGAGACCUACGAAAACAUGCCCGCCUCGCCGCAAAAAACGCCCAAACUGCUGCCGGAAAACUACUACGAUGAGCCCAAAAGUAUAAAGCAAAACGGUGAUAUCAGUACGAUGGCGAGCCAGGAGCAAAUAUACGAAUGUAUUGCUGAGAAGACUGAAGAAAAAUUGGUCCAAAACUACGUGGAGAUGAUCGUCGACGAACGGGCGCCGGAUGACUUCAGUCAGCCGGAAUACGAGCCCAUGGGGCUGGAAGAAACCACCUCAAACCUCUACGAGAGCGUUGAGCUCCAACCUCCGGCAACCAUGCUGAAUCUGCCCACUACCAGCUUGACGGACUAUUCGGAGGAAAAGUCCCCGGAUAAAGAGCUGAAGUGUUCGGCAAAAGACCGCAUGCUGCUCAGUUGCGAUGAAACUUCCACGCUGCUCUUCACGCAGACGGUGACGUCGCCAAUGCUCACUCCUAGCGAGGAGAACAUCGACUUCCUCAAGGGCUUCCAGCGGGAGACCGUCCAGAAAGAGGGCGAAGAGACCAGUCCUGAUCUAUCAGAGCCCUUGGUGGACGACAAAGGCGAGCAGGCGGAGAACUUCUACGAAAACACGGAGUUCUACAAGAACACCACGCCCGAGAACAUGUACGAGAACGUGCUGGUGGAGCGGGGCGGUUUGAGGAACGUCGAAGAGGAGGACAUCUACGAAAACAUUGAGGAAGUGUUGGCAGUCGGCGAGGUUGAAAGGGCCGGCGCCAAGAGCAACGACACUGAUGACGGCAGUCUGGAGGAGUUCAUAAGGAACGAGAGGGAGGCUGCGGACGGUCUCCCGCUCCCCACUGAACCGAGAGCUCAGAAAGUUGAAAACGCUGAUAAUCUGGACGGCGUCGAUCGGGCCUUGCCAACCACAACCGAACCACCUCCACUAGCUCUAGAAGAGUCGACUGAGGAGCUUGUUGAGCCCCCCGAAACGCCCCUUCCUGUCGUCGCCGAACCGCAAGUUCUGCCCGCAAGCCCCAACGACGACUCUGGAAGAAAAAUGCCGCCCGAAACGUACAAAGAAGCAAUCGCUCAUCAGAGAUCAGAAUCCAGCUCCAACUACUACGGCAAGUACACUGAGGUCGUUUCGAAGCAGGCGCAAAGCGAUCCGAUGGGCAAUCGGGAAAAAGACACAGAGUCCGUCCCGCCCGAAAUAGUCAAACAAUUGAAGAGCCAGUUCCAGAACAAGGCGGAAGUAGUCGGCAUCGUGAAGAAAGUGCCCAGUGCCGACCUGAAAAGUGCCAACAUGAUCGAACAAAUCAAAACGCGAUUUGAGGGCUCGAUGGAGAGCGACGAUGAUCAGCUGGAUGAUAGCACUGAGUAUUCCGAAACAAUUGUAGAAAGCAGCGCGCCCGGCGAACGGUCGAUUAAAAAGAAAAAGGUGAAAAAGACCCGGAAGGAGGAGAAGGAGAACAUUUCGGUGACCCAAAACGGCAACCUAGAGGGCCAAAACUUUUAUACUGUUAAUGUGAGAAACUUGUGUAGAUCGUUUGGCGAUUUAACCAAAUUAGGCAAGGAUAGAAUAAAUAGAAAAGUUGGCAUUCGAACGCGUACUAAAUCACUGACAGACAUGGCUAAUCCAUCUAACAAUAUUUCCGUCGAAAACGUGUUUACUGGAGUUUCAGUCCAGGCUUUGAAAGAAAGGUUUAACAACGCUGGAACUAACGCUAGUAGUUGCCGGCCCAAAAACCACCAACGGAAAUCGUGCUUCACAAAGUUUGACGCGCUGCAGAAGAAGAACGUUCUUCAUGUCCGCUCUUCCGAUUCGACCAAGGCCCAGGAAAAAUUCAGCAAUGGAGCCCAAAUCGAGGUGUCCACCAAUUGCAAAUCGUGCAGCAAACAAGUCUUCCAAAUGGAGCAGAUCAAGGCGGAAAAAGCGGUCUGGCACAAGAACUGCUUCAGAUGCAGCGAGUGCAGCAAGCAGCUAACGGUCGACACCUACGAAAGCAACGACGGCUCGUUGUACUGCAAGCCGCACUUCAAGGCGCUGUUCGCUCCAAAAGCCGUCGAAGAGGAUUCUUCACCCAAGCCUCGCAAGACCGAAUUAAUAAUCCGUGAAAAUCAACCUCAGGAGUUGCCUCCUGACGUGGCCAGAGCCAGUGAUAAGCCGAAUCUGGGCCUGGAGGAGCUCCAAAGCCUCAACGUGAAGGAACGGUUUCAGGUGUUCGAGCAGUAUCAAUCGCAACAAACUGAAAGUAGCGACUUCGAGCGCGGUGCGACCAAUGUGAAGCGAUCGCCCAGUAUAUUGUCGAAGCUGGCCAAGUUCCAAAAGCACGGAAUGGACGUUGGCGUGUCCAAUGAGGCUCUGGACGGCAUCCCCAUUGAAGAGUCCGACGACUCCGACGUGGAAGAGGAAGAAGUGAUCGAUGGCGAGGAUCCAGACCUUGUCAGGGCAAAGAGAGUGCAGAAGGAGAAGCCGUUCCAUUUCACCGCCAUGUCGGAUGUGAAAAAGCGAUGGGAACAGGGCGACCACGCAAGAGAAGAGAGAAGAGAAGAGACUAAGCAAGAAAUACAAAACAUUAGGACCAAAUUGUUUAUGGGCAAGCAGGAGAAGAUGAAGGAAGCCUACCAGCAAGCUGUGAUGGAGAGCGAGUCUAGCUCAAACCUCAGGAAGAAUCUUUCGGAGAAAAUCGAGGCCUGUGAUACUAAAUCGAUUAAGGAACGCUUUGAGAAGGGCGAGGUCGCCAACGAGAAGCUCGACAAAGAGAACCGAAACGAAGAAGAGGAGGAAGUAUACGAAAGCGAAAUCAGCAAAAAAUCCCGAUCUCUCUUCUUGGAGCUGGACGCCAGCGCCUCCAAGCCGCCCCAAGUUUCCCCAGUGGCCGCCCCGAAGCUGGAAGUGAAGAAAGCACGCGAGGCCUACUUGGAACGCACUUCCAAAGAGGACGUAGUAAAGUCCACAGAGCAAAUCGAGGAAAUCGAGGUGCGAACGGCCGAUAUUCAGGAAAAAUUUAAAUUCUUCGAAACCUACAAGGAGCCGGAACAGCAGAAGAAACAGUUCAGGAUAACGCCGCCUAGGGACGCCUCGCAAGUUAAGGUGGUUAAGAGGCUGUGUACUGAAACGCCCGAGCGCGAGAUUUAUCGGGAUCCAGAAGUGGUGCGGGCCGAAGAGUACAUUGACGACUCCAAUGUUGCCAAAGAGUCGCACACCGCCUCCAAAAUGCUCAACAAGUUCAGGCAAAUGGAGGAGAAUCUCACCAGGGAGCCGGAAACCCAAGGCCCCAAACCGCUGAAGCGAUUCACCCCGCCCCCAGAGCCCGCCAGGCCAGAGUCGCGGAGCGAAGACGAGUCUUCUGAGUAUGAGGAGGAAGACGAGGAUGAGGUGGACCAAACCGGAAAACUGCCCGAAGAUCUCAUUGAGGCGCAAAAGGCGGCCCGAGCGAAACAACUGCGUGCCAAAUUCGAAAAAUGGGAAGCCAACGAGAUCAAGCGAGAGCAGCAAAACUCCGUAAAUAUCGUGGAGGAGUUCGGAGAAGAACAGUCUCAAAUCGAGUCAACUAGAGUAUUAAGGGCUCGAUUCGAACAAAUGCGGGACACCAGCAGCGAAGCGCCGAAAUCGCCCAGAGUGAAGCCGAACCGUUUUGUGUGAAAGAACUAAUCGUUAAGCAUUAUCACUUGUCGUCCUUCGGUAUAUUAAGGCAUCAGUGUAAAUUGUAUUUAAUGUUAAACGCAAAGUGAAAUUUCGGGGCCCCUCCGUCUAUUCUGAAGGAAAAGUGGCGAUUUUUGUCAGUUGCGUCGGAAAAACUCUAAUCUAAAGCCCAUUUUGUGUAUAUAAAUGUAGACAAUGCUAAUGGCACCUCAACCAAAAAUAUACAAUUUUAUAUACUUAAUAUAGUUUAAUUAGAGAGGGUUUUCUACCAGUAGUACAAUAUUCUUAGAUGAACUUUUUAUAUCUUGCAUAGACUUUCGUUCGUUUAUAUACGAUUUGUUACCAUGUUUUCCCUUUACAAAUUUAUUUGUUGUUGUUGUUGUUCGUAAACCUGGCUUUUACUUUCAUUGCCUUUUAUUCUCAGUUGCUUGUUGUUGAGUUUCCAACAUAGUUUAUUGUGGAUUUCUUCUAGAGGAUAAGGAAAAACCUGUCAAGCGUCCCUUGAAUUUGCGUGCAAACGUUUGAAGAAACCGCCCCCGAAAACGUUUUUGUUCAAACAGUGUUGUCUUCCAAGCUUCAAGGCAAAUUCAAGGGAACCGCUUAAAGGGCCCCCAUCCAAACGGAUAAACAUUUUAAUGUCCUAGAAAUAAUUACGGAAAAGCAAUCUUACAUGUAUAAAGCAGCUCAUUGAUUCGUGAUUUUGUUCGGCGGCAAAUUGUUAUUAUUUAUUAACUAAUUAUACAUUUUAUAUUACCAAUUAGUUAGUUUUAGACUUUGGAAACGUGUCGUCCACACUCAAUUUGAUUAUUGCCAUAUUUCUAAUGUUUACUGUGCCAAUUUUUUUAAAUGUUGAGUGAAUUUAAUAAAACUUAUUUAUCUUUC